AUGGCGAGGGGACAAACUCUUCUUCUGGCUGCUGCCAUUGCCUGCCUAUGGGCGGCAAGGAUAGCACACGGUGCCGUGCAACCAGUGGUGGUGUCUUCGUCGUUAGAUUUGCAGCUGGAUUAUCGUAGCGGGAAAGGAGUGUCUGCCGAGGAGCUAGUGGCUAGAUUGCCUCGCGAAAAAUCCCAUGUCUUCACAUUUGUAGCCAUUGAUGAUUUGAAGCUUCAAGAUUUCUCUCUAUUCGGCGAUGCGUACGAUGGCGAAAAGUCCUCAGGAGGAGUGUUCAGUAACCUGAAGAGCAUGCUGGACGAUUCCAGAUCGCAAGCUGUCGUGCCCAGCGUCACUACACUCACCAGUACGUCGCUGAGUGAAUCGCUAGAGUCGUACCUUGCUGAGCAUGGUGACGUCAGUGUGCAGAGCGUGGAUGCACGCAGUGAGGACGACCUGGCAACGCUGGAACACACCGAGGGCACCAGCUCGCUGUGGAUUGUGCACGUUCCGAGCAGCUCGGAGCAGCUGGAUCGCAUGGCCUACCUGAAGAGAUGUGACACGCUGGUCGGUGCCCUGCGCAGCCGACUACCCACCGAUCACCACACGCUUCUUCUCUCGUCCUCGCACGACACCGCUGCUGUCGACGAAUCCGUGCAUGCUCCUGCGCGCCAUCUGCUUGCUGCAGAGACGGUGGCGGCAGCAGCAGAUACUGACGAGGAACAGCGCGUAAUCUUUGCGUACUAUUGUGCCAAUGCUGUGAACGGCUCUGUUCCUCCGGACGUCUUGCUGUCGUUCACACACAUCCAGCUGAACUUCAGGCGUCUUAACACCACGUUAAACUUCACAUCUGCCGUUCCUGAGAACCAGCUGAUCGGCUGCGAUGAUGAGAAGCUACAGAGCACGAGUGUGACGGCCCUUGUUACUGCGUCUGAUGGCGGACUAUCGGCUACUCUUCACUUUGUGUUCUCCAAGACCAAUGGGCGGCUGAGCAACAAAACUGCAAGGUCUGCUAACAACUCGUUCUACUGGGAGUUGAGUGUUAUCAGGGUGCAAAUGGCUGGGCAACCAGUCGAUGAUACCUUGCCAUGCUACAUCCCGCAGCAUGAGGUCGACUGGGUCAUUGCCCCUCAGCGCUUCUCAUUCAGCUGUCAACCGAAGCGUCAGUGGGAGCAGGUUCUCAGCAACGGAACGUACUGGCGCACCCGUCAGUAUGCUAACUCGCUGGAAGCUCUCAAUCGCACUGGUUGCGGCAACGCCAGCAGUCUUGAAGCCGACCUGCAUAUCGCCGGCUUGCAAAUACAGGCAUUCACUCUCGAGACCAAGCCGGGACAUAACAUUACGUUUAGCGCUCCUAUCGACUGCGUGGGCUACUUCACCGGCCAGACGUGGAUGGGAAUUAUUGUUGCCAUCUUCCUGUUCUUCGUCCUCUUCAUGGCGUCCAUCAUCUUCAUCAGCAUGGAAACACCUGACCGCUUUGACGAUCCUAAGGGCAGGAACAUCCAGGUGGAGAAGUAG